ACGCCAUAUUGAAUUCCCGUAGGUAUCGGCUAGCAUUUUUUCCAGCUAGCGGUGUAAAGAGGCCACUUUAUCCAUGGUUCUAAUUCGGUUUACUGUUUAAAUACUUUUCUUUUCGUAACCCCGGACAUCGUAGCGACCUUUGAAAGGUCCAGGAAGCGGCGCAGAUUCACAACGGGAUCGCUAGUGUUAGUUAGAUACUUGUAGGGGGGUUACCAGAGAAAGAAGUUGAAUGGAUCCGAGGGUAGCUUGGAUUCAGCCCGAACAGAAAGGACCUGCGAACGCCUUAUGGAUGCACGUCUGGGAGACCUCUCAGGGAGUAGGGACACUCUCCGCUCAGCAGCAGCUCCACAAUCAAAACCACAACCAGUGCGUGAAGUACGCUGCGUUGGAUGUUUUAAAAAAUGUGGCGACCGCGGUGGCAUCGAGCAAGAGCAUUUGCAGCAGCAACGGUAACGUUACUGCCAGUUUGAGCAACGGCAGCAGCCAUCACAGCAUCAUGAACGGCACUGCGAUUUCCUCGCUGGGGAUAGCGCUGUCCAACGGGAACGCACAUAACUCCUUCACCACGGCAAGCACCGCCGAACCUGGUGAGGGAAAAACCCUACCCAAGAAGACUGGAUCGGUCUCCUCGUCCUCCUCACAAGAAUCCAGGACGGACAGCCCCCCUUCCAUCUGCUCACUUGAGAGGACUAUGGGUGGAAAUGUAACGGGCAACAUUAAUAAAAACGUCGGGGGUGCCAAUAUGCUCUUCAACGUGAGCGACAGCAUGGACAAUAAUGUCAACCUUUACCACCAUCAUCACCGUCACCUACAGGAGCACCCGGCUUUCAAUUUACAGCAGAUUUGCGUGAAGCGCCAUCAGGUUCACCCCUCUGUACCUGUAAAUCACACACACAAUCACCACCCAGGCCGAAGGAAAAGUGACAACAAAGCGAGCACUUAUGGGAUGAAUUACCUGCUUUCAAACUGCACUAAUGGCAAUUAUGCGAGCACUUUGACGCCCUGGAAGACGAGGAGGUACAACCCUGGGGUCCUCGGACUCCACGAGGAGGUGAUGGACUUCUACAACUUCAUGUCUCCUCGGCCAGAGGAAGCGGCUAUGAGAAAGGAGGUGGUGAACCGGAUAGAGAUGAUCAUCAAGGAGCUGUGGCCCACUGCAGAUGUCCAAAUAUUUGGCAGCUUCAGCACAGGGCUGUACCUUCCAACAAGUGACAUUGACCUUGUGGUGUUUGGGAAGUGGGAGCGCCCCCCGCUGCAAGAGCUAGAACAGGCUCUUCGCAAGCAUGAAGUGGCAGAACCUUUCUCCAUUAAAGUGCUGGACAAGGCUACAGUGCCAAUCAUCAAGCUGACAGACCAGGAGACUGAGGUGAAGGUGGACAUCAGUUUCAAUGUGGAGACUGGAGUCAAGGCGGCAAGCUUCAUUAAAGAUUAUGUUAAGAUGUAUCCAGUGCUGCCUUACCUGAUCUUUGUGCUGAAGCAGUUUCUGCUGCAGAGAGAUCUAAACGAAGUCUUCACCGGGGGAAUCAGCUCUUACAGCCUCAUCCUCAUGGUCAUCAGCUUCCUACAGCUCCAUCCUCGGAUUGAUGCCAGAAACCCCAAUGAGAAUUUGGGCGUGUUGCUGAUCGAGUUCUUUGAGUUGUACGGCCGGCAUUUCAAUUACUUGAAAACAGGGAUUCGCAUCAAAAACGGAGGCGCGUACAUAGCCAAAGAGGAGAUCAUGAAGGCCAUGACAAAUGGAUACAGACCAUCCAUGCUCUGCAUAGAGGACCCACUGCUUCCAGGUAAUGAUGUAGGGAGGGGUUCCUAUGGUGCCAUGCAUGUCAAGCAGGUGCUUGACUAUGCCUACACUGUCCUGAGUCAUGCUGUGUCCCCGCUUGCACGGUCGUAUCCCAACAAAGACUCUGAAAGCACCUUGGGCAGGAUAAUCAGGUUGACCCAGGAAGUGAUCGACUACAGGGAAUGGAUCAUUAAGAAGUGGGGGGGCAGGGAUCUGGCUCGAACAGACAACAGAGUUUCACCUCCCAAGGAGCCAGCGUCGGAGCAGGAGCCCUGUGUGCUCGGUGGCGGUGUCGGGUCAGAGGAGCAGCAAAGGGACUCGGUGUCGCCCCACAGCGCAGACUCCCCCAUGUCCAUCUCCAGCCCCCAGCAGCACUCUUCAGCCUCCUCUGUCUCCUCGCUGUCUGGAUCAGACAACGACUCUGAUUCAACGCUGCCGUGUCCCGUUGCGCCGCCAGCCCUGCCACCAUACCCGUCUUUCCCGCCUCUGGGCCUAGCUUUACCACCAGGCCUCAACAUGGGCACCGGCAAGCCUGGCAUGGGAGGACACCAUCUCCUCUUGCCUCCAGGCUCACAGGCUCGCGUCUCACUGCCCGGUGGUCUAGCAGUGCACUCCAUACCUGGCAGACAGGUGUGUAUAGACACCGGGCUCCCCCCCUUCUUCCACAUGCCCCCCCCCCAUGCUCAUGCCCCUGCCCCCUCCAGCCCCCAGCCUCCGCUCAGCCCCCACUCCAGCCACACACACAAGAACGUAGCCAAGUUCAACGUGAAGGGCUUCCACAACCCGCCACUGGUCAACAACCCUGUUCUGGCUAACCGCAGCCACACACACACUCACUCACACACACAGUAUCACCGCAACACUUGGAGACGCAGAAAGAGGGACAGCCUACCGGUUAGCCUGAGCAGAUAGAAACCACUCCUCUUCCCCCCACUUCUCCUCCCUCUCCUCUCUGGCUGCAAGACCCUGGCUCUUCGUUCGUCUCGAAGGAGGAUCGACAGGCAGACAGAGGACCAGAGACCAGCAGUUUGCACUCUGGGGCUGCCGCGACAAUGAACAGCAGCCCUCAGUUCUGCAUCUUCCUCCUACUAUCUCUACCUUUCCAUUUCUGCAUGAUUUUUGUUCACAGUUUGGUAGUGUCAGUAUUAUGUUACUUUCAGUAUUUUGUUUUCCUCAUCUUUGUUUCAGGUCUGUUCCUGUGAUUUUUUUGUUUUUUUGUUAUUGGACUUGGUGGUGAUGCCAUUGCCAAGUUCACUUGACCUCAUCUUGAACCUUGCAGCCAAGCUGCCUGUGGUUCAGUGUAUUUGUUUUCUUUUUUUCUUCUUUUUUUUUUAUUUUACAGUUUAUACACAUACGAACAAACAGUUUUUCAUUUUGUGCAAUAAUGAUAUUUUUCUUUUUGGAACUAAAGUAAAUGCUUAUUUAAUUUUGUGUGUGUAUAUGUAAAGGCAUUUUUAUACUGUUUUAUUUUUGUAGAAUUUUAAAUUUUGUUUACGAAACCUUUCCCCAGGCAGCAUCUCUGGAGUGUGUGUGUGUGUGUGUGUGUGUGUGUGUGUGAGUGAGUGAGUGUGUUCAUCAGUUGUUGUUGCUGAGUGUGUGCGGGAGUGUAUGCGCCUGUCUGUUGUCAGGUUGAGAUGGACCCCAGUUCAAAGCGCCCCUCCCCCUCCUUCUCUUCUUCUCUCCCUUCUUUACUUGUGUUGUUCUGUUUUGAUAAAGAAAAGGGGGAACAGAAAGGGAUACAGAGCUCUAAUCUUGAUAUUCCUUCCAUUUUCCUUCAUCUGUCUUGUGAAAAUGGGCAAGGUUAACAUGAAAUUCCUCGUGGAAGUUUUGUUCCUUAGUCCAGUUAGUCUAAGACAUCUUGGAGGGAAGUGGAGGGAUGAAAGUCGCACCCUGGGAUAUCCUGAGAAACAAGGGUAGAGGAUGUACUUCUUGUACUUCUGUUUUGGCCUAAAAGAGGUAGCUCCUGAGCAGAUAGGGCUUUAGCAGUGCCACAGAGAUUGUGUGUAUGUGUAUAUUUCCAUAUAUGUGUGUCCCUUAUGGGACUAUGCUGUUGCUAUAUUUUGUGAGUCAGGGGAAGGCUGGCAGUGGCCUGCUAGUUUUGUCUUGGCCAUCUUUCUCUCCACUGGAGGCGAUUUUAAAAGAAAAGCUUCCAGACUGCAGGAUUUUGGCCUGAAAGAGUCUGUUCUGUUAAACAUAUAUGCUAGUGUCUUUUCAUUUUUGUGCUUGUCUCUUUUUAUUACAUGUUGUAGGAGGGUUGGGGCCAAGAAGGCAACAGCUUAUCUUACUUGAAUUUGAAGAUCAAGAUUAGGGUAAGAGGGCAGAAAGCCACUGAUUCCGGGCCAGAGAAAUCCUCUUACUCUCUGUAGUCGAGGGUUGUGGAAAUCUGAUCCCAGGGCUGAGGUCAACUCUUGCCCACAGCUGUUAAUCAGUGCAGACCAACACUAUGAUGCUCAGCGAUAAGGUUUUCUCCUUUGUGGUCCUGGACAAAGGAAAGGGGGGGGGGGUCUUCCUGAACCAAGGAUCCUAGUGAAAGGGAAUUAUAUUUUGAUUCCAUUCAGGAAUCUUGUGUAUAUUUGAUUGCCAGGUACUUCCGCUAAUUGUUUGCAAUGCCUUUCUUUGUGUUUACUUGGAGUGUGUGUACUUUGUUUUCCGCGAGCACACGGUGUCACACAAAUACACACACUCACAGACAGGACUGUCGAAGGCUGUGACUCGCCCAGAACACUACACAUGCUGGUGUUAUUACUAUGCAAGUGGAUGAUUCUAAUUAUUGUGUCAACUCUCUUGUCUUUCCGUUUGUUUUGUUUUGUUUCAAAAUGACAAACACUGCUUGUUGGACUGGAGUAAUGUUACUGACAGACUCGCAAGCCAACUCAUGUGAACUACAAACCCAUCCCCUGACCCCCUUGUAUUUGUAUGAAGGUCCUGACAUGUUUCAAAGUCUAGUUUUCUACAUGUAUCCGCCAAAUGUAAGGAAUUAGGGAUAAUUGGGUUAAUGUCAAUGGUCGGGUCUGGGUCUGUGUAGUGUGUGACAUAGUGAAACGUGUGAGAAAGUAUUGAGACUCAUGACUUGCCACCACAGGUUUUUAAUCAGACGCCCGACAGUUCAUGAGCAUGUGCACCCAGAGAGCGACUUGCACUCUGCAGGUGCACCUCAGAAGGGGCCAAAGUGUCCACCAACAAUUCUUUACCUUUUCUGAGACUCUGUUCAAUACUGUUACACUACUGUAACAGUAGUACUGUUUUUCUUUUUCUUUAAACCAUGGCAACUUUGAUCCCUUAGUCAAAACUCCACCUGGCAUCAAUUCAAUCUCAGAUGAAGGAUUUCUGUUUUGACCCAUGGCUCACAUGCAAAGCAGAUUAUGAGCUAAUCAUCACCUCCAGCUAGAGAAAUUCCUUUCACGUUUAAUGAUUUGAUCAAAAAUAUCAUUAUGGACACAGACUGUCGGAAAGGGGAGGCUCUUCCGGAGAUGUGCCCAGCCAUACUAUCGUACCCUUUCACCCUGUUAUUCCCUACGGAUAAUUAGUUCCAUCCGUAGGGAGGUGAUCACGUUGGUGCAUGAAAUGCUCAGUUACAUGCAAUCUUAGCCCGAUAUAAAUUGGAUAACAAAGGUGGAUGUAGUUGUCAAGCCCUUUUAACCCUUUCAAACUGCAUCCCUGACAGCCAUGUCUGCUUUUAGAGAUUAGAACCAGCAUUGAUCAGAGGCUGAAAAUAAAAUAAGUAAUGGAAGGUUGUUGACUGGAUAGAGUUGCCUGCAUCUUCACAGCAAAGACUUGACAUGCAGUGUCCUAGGAAGUCUGUAUGGAUUAAAAUCUCUGUGCAUCUCAGCGGCCCAAUGCAGCUCACUCUCCGUGUUCACUUUUCCUUUGUUACUUUCUCUCAAGCCAAUGGUGGUGGAAAUAGUUAAACAAAGGUCUCUGUUGUGCUCUGCCACAGUGCCUUCACUUCUCCAGAUUGGUGUAAGUGGCAGGGAAAGGGAAGCAACAGAGAGUGGCUCGGACUGCUGAGAUUUUGGUGUACAUGUAGAUGCAAUGUAAUAUUACCUCUAUUGCAGUACAAUGAGGGAUUUUAAACUGGCGGCUGCUGUUUAGAAAAAGGUGGCAGCCCCUCGAUGUCCUGGCUGAUUUAUGUGAGCAGUGGCCCUCUAAAUGGACACCUAGCUAUCGGUGGCCAGAGGGAACCAAUGCCCAGCUUUUGGUGGUUGUUUUUUUGUUUUUGUUUUUUUGGUUGACAUUUUUAUGUAAAUAUAUUUUUUUCUAUUUUAUUUUUUAAUAAACAUUUUAAAACUGCCA